AUGAGGCCUCCAAGUGCUAUUAAAGUUGUUUUUUGGAAUUGCCGCGGUGUUCUAAGAAAAAAGGAUGAUAUUGAAAAGUUAGCCGAAACUAUAGAUAUUUUAUUUCUCGCUGAAACCUGUGUGAGUUCUUUACGUGAUUUUCGGGUGCGGGGCUUUGACUGCUUGCGCAUCGACGCUAAUCUGGCUGAGAUUAGAGGUAUGUUAGUCCUGAUUUAUAAUCUUAUCUUGUACUCUCAAGUGGACUUAUCUAAUGCCUUCGAUGACUCUUUCGAAGCUCUUGAGCUCUCUAUUAAUAACUCACGCUUACUUCUGAUAGAUGUUUAUAGACAUCCCAAUGCUCCCGUCCCUGCUAAUUCUUUAUCAGCUCUCUCCCCAGUUUUGGAUAAGUAUGAAUUCUUCAUCCUUCUUACAAUUAGUGACUUCAAUGCGCACCACCCGAUGUGGGGAGGUACAAGAACUAAUGCUGCUGGCCGUGUGCUCGCCAGUUGUAUAGAUAACAACCACUUAGUGAUCCUUAAUCCCCCUUCCUCCCCAACUCAUAUUUCCUUCUCUCGUCCUAGCUCCUCUAUCAUUGACCUGGCUAUUGCCUCUCCUCGUAUCUCUUCUCUAUGUGAUACUCUUAUAUCUUCUGACCUGUUGGGCAGCGAUCAUUAUCCCAUCGAAGUUCAAGUUAAUUGCGGGAUUCGUAUCUCCUCGGUUUUCUCUUACAAAAUCGAAUUAUCUAAGGAACAACGGAUGGAAGUGCUGCGAUUUCUACAUCAUAACGCCAAUUCCAUCUCUCAAAAAAUCAAGGAUACUAAUCCUGAUGAUCCUGUCUCUCAAUAUAACGAUAUAUUCAUGGAGCUUAUCUCUGAGAGCUACGAACGUUUUUCUCCUUCUAUAAUAAACCUCAUCCCACGAAUAAAGCAUCAUGUAUGGCUUUUACUAAAAAAGGCCCUCCACCAUCCCCGUGGUGAACUCCUGACUGCUCCAGGGCCUUUGAACAACGCAGUAAUGCUCUCAAAACGUUUAGACAUUGCCCCUCGCGGGAUAACUAUGUUUAUUAUCGUUCAGUGGUAUCGCAUACCUGUAAAAUCCUUAGAAGAGCCAAGCGUUCUGGCUGGAAAAGGUUUUGUGCCUCUCUUGAUAUGA